UAGAGUGAAGGCGACAGACUGACCUGCCCGGGAUCAAGGGAGGUUCCAGAAACCCAAUGGAUUCUGGGAUCUCAAAGAAGGCUCCCAGCAACAUGAGAUUCACCGGCUCUCUUUUCAUGAUGGGCGUGUUGUGUGUGAUGCCGUUCUUCUGCCAUAGCCAGCUUGACCCCCUGGCUCUUGGCCGCGCUGACCCCCAGUGCUGGGAAUCCUCGUCACUUACCCUGCUGGAGAUGAGGAAGCCCCCGAUUUCUGACUCGGUCGGAGGCUUUUGGGAUUUCAUGCUCUUCUUGAAGUCGUCUGAUAAUCUGAAGCACGGGGUGCUGUUCUGGGAUCUGGCGCAGCUCUUCUGGGAUAUCUACGUGGAAUGUGUACUUUCCAGGACCCAUGGCCUAGGGAAAAGGCAGCUGGAUGAAGGUCGGCCACAAAUUGCAGCUCUUCCGUCUUGGAUCACAAGGAGGAUUUUGUCACAGAUUCAAGUGAUUCCUGUAGUGGAGAAGAAAGAACUGAACAAAGAUCUAAUAAACAUACAAGUGCUCAGGAGUGAGUCUGCUUUCCUCCGAAGAAUUACUGGGCAGAUAAGAAUGAAGAAGAAAUGAACACGUUUCGAAUGGGCCAGUUGAUUUCUGUUUGUUUGUUUUUUAAAUAAUGCUAUUCCUGGUGAUUUUGUUUUUGUUUUGUACUUUUAAUUGCAUUUACAAUUGUGAGAAGGGAAUGCCUGUACUGUUUGGAUCUGGCGAAAAAAAGCAACUGCAACAUUAAAUCCCACCAAAUUUAGCAGGACUGACGUUUUUGGCAACUUCCGUUCCUUUCAAUGGGAUUUACUUGGAGCUACAACCUUGGGUAAUUUAAAAAAAACCGCAAGCUGGUAG